AUGUCGGAGCAGGAGAUCUCCGUGAGGAUGACGAGAGCGGCGGCGAAACGAAAGGCGAUGGCCACGGAGGAGGAGGAGCGAGUCGUUAAGAAGAGAGUGGUGCUCGGCGAGCUUAGGAAUGUGUCUAACGUCGCCGUCUUGACCAAUCUCAAUCAGAAAAGAGUGAUCCAGAAGCCCAAUGAGAGUGUUAAGGCUCCGGCGAAGAGGAAGGCAGCUCCGGUGGCUUUGGCUGCCGUGGAAUCAGGAUCUGAUAUCGACGCUCGAUCUGAUGAUCCGAAGAUGUGUGGACCUUAUGUCACCGACAUCUAUGAGUAUCUCCGUGAAAUGGAGGUGAAGCCAAAACUAAGUCCAUUACCUGAUUACAUCGAGAAAGUUCAGAAAGAUGUAACACCAAGCAUGAGAGGUGUUUUGGUGGAUUGGUUAGUGGAAGUUGCAGAGGAAUACAAACUCGUCUCUGAAACACUUUACCUCACUGUCUCUUACAUCGAUCGAUUCUUGUCCUUGAAGACUGUCAACAAGCAAAAGCUUCAGCUUGUGGGAGUUUCUGCAAUGCUGAUUGCUUCCAAGUAUGAAGAGAUAAGUCCUCCCAAAGUUGAAGACUUUUGUUACAUCACUGAUAAUACAUUUACGAAGCAAGAUGUGGUGAAGAUGGAGGCAGAUAUACUUCUUGCGCUGAAGUUUGAAUUAGGAAGGCCUACAGUCAGUUCUUUUAUAAGACGGUUCACAAGGGUUGCUCAAGAAGAUUUCGAAGGGCCACACUUGCAGCUAGAGCCUCUCUGUUGCUAUUUAUCAGAAUUGAGUAUCUUAGAUUACAAAGCUGUGAAGUUUGUGCCAUCUCUGUUGGCUGCUUCUGCUGUCUUUCUUGCUCGAUUUAUCAUCCGUCCCAAACAACAUCCUUGGAAUCAAAUGUUAGAAGAAUACACAAAGUACAAAGCUUCUGAUCUACAAGUGUGUGUUGGAAUCAUUCAUGACUUGUAUCUGAGCAGAAGAGGAGGCUCUCUGCAAGCUAUCAGAGACAAAUACAAGCACCACAAGUUUCAGUGUGUUGCGACCAUGCCUGUAUCACCGGAGCUUCCGGUUAUGUUUUGGGAGGAUGUUACCAUCUGA